AUGGCCCCAAGGCCAGCCUCAAACGCUUGUGCUGUUGACGGCUUCGACUGCUUCGUCGGCGUCGAGUUCGAAUACCUGAUACCUUAUGUACCCCCCGGCAAGGCAGACCCGGACCCUCGCGACACGAGGUACGUGAUUAUAGAUGACGUCGAGACGAACAACGGCGCGUGGGAAAUGACCAGACACGACGCAACAGUCCUGGCCAACGCGGCGCUCCACCGGCAGUUCCGAGCCGCAGGGCUGCCGGCGGUGAUGGAUGCCGUCGUGAACUCCAAAAUCGAGAACAUGGAGGCGGGUGAGGCAAUGGCGGCGAUAGAGCAGUAUUUCGCGGAGCAGGCCGCGGAGCAGGGCGUCCCGAUGCCGCCCGACGGCUCGUCGGUGGAGCAUCGGUUCUGGCGGCUCAAGACGGACGGCAGCGUCAAGCACGACAAGAACAACACCGACUGCAUCCUCCGGGAGCGCUACCUCUGGGCGGUCCCGAACGAGCCGCUCGGCAUCGAGGAGAAGCCGGGCAUGGAGCUCGCGGGCCCCGUGGCGCGUGCGAGCGAGAGCGCCGACGCGAUCUCGGUCGCGCUGCACACGCUGCGCCGCAGCCUGCGGUUCGUGGUGCCGCGCUCCGCCGGCUUCCACGUGCACCUCUCGAGCCUCGACGGCGGCGUCGACCUGCUCACGGUCAAGAAGAUGAUCUCGCUGGUGCUGCUGUGCGAGGGCAUCAUCUACAAGAUGGCGAACCCGUGGAGGCUCAAGAGCAAGUUUUCUCAGAGCGUCAUGUCGGCCCUCCUGACCGUCCAGGAGAGCCGGCAGAUGGACAGCGAGAUGGCCAUCUCGUCGCAGCUCAAGAACCCGCAGCAACUGGCCGUCAUGGAGGCGGACCGGAAGAGUCACCUGGAGAUCAUGCACCAACACCUGCCCUGGCCGCUGCGGCCCUCGGAGAAGCGGCACGAGGCGCUGGAGACGCUGUGGACGUGCCUCGGGCCAGACGAACUGCGGCUGCUGUUCAGCGGCCUCGCCGUCAAGCGCAAGGGCGACAAGCCGACGGACGAGGAUCCAAGGGCCGGGCUCUUCACGGUGGAGAUGCGCCAGUUCGAAGGAAUGGCGGACCCGGAAACGGCGUGCGCAUGGGUGAGGUUCUGCGUGGCGCUGUUUCGCAUCGCGUCGACCUACGACCCGGCGAGCUACAAGGCCAAGAUGACGGAGCUGAACGAGAAGUUGUCUGUCAAGUACAGCAACCCGGCUAGCGCCUUCACCAUGUAUAGCUGCAGGUUCGAGCUGUUCAUGCCGGCGGUCGGCCUUCCCGACGCCGUUGACUUUUGGAGGAGAAAGUCGUACCGGCACAUGACCAUCCCUGCCCUGCCCCAAACCUGCAUGGCCCCGAGUCGGCUGAUACCACCGCUGAUAUGGUAG